AUGUCUUCUCUUCCUCCUGUCUACAUUGUCUCGACGGCCCGUACUCCUGUGGGUUCGUUCCUUGGCUCCCUCUCUAGCCUGACUGCUCCUCAGCUUGGUGCUCAUGCUAUCAAGGCGGCUGUUGAGCGGGCCGAGGGUAUCAACGCUUCCGACGUUGAGGAGGUCUUCUUCGGAAACGUCCUGUCCGCUGGUGUUGGUCAGAACCCCGCCCGCCAAUGCGCCAUCAAUGCUGGUCUCUCGGACUCCACCGUCUGCACCACCGUCAACAAGGUCUGCGCCUCUGGCCUGAAGGCCAUCAUCCUCGGUGCCCAGACCAUUAUGACCGGCAACGCCGAUAUCGUCGUGGCCGGUGGUGCUGAGUCCAUGUCCAACACCCCCCACUACCUCCCCAGCCUGCGCACCGGUGCCAAGUACGGCAACCAGAACAUGGUCGACGGAAUCAUGAAGGACGGUCUCCAGGAUGCCUAUGGCAAGCAGGAGCUCAUGGGCUUCGCUGCUGAGGAGUGUGCUCAGGACCACGGUUUCAACCGUGAGCAGCAGGAUGAGUACGCUAUCCGUACCUACCAGAAGGCCCAGGCCGCCCAGAAGGCCGGCGCUUUCGACUACGAGAUUGCCCCCAUUGAGAUCCCCGGCUUCCGUGGCAAGCCCGGUGUUACCGUGUCCCAGGAUGACGAGCCCAAAAACCUCAACCCCGAUAAGCUGCGCGCCAUGAAGCCCGCCUUCAUCCCCGGUACCGGCACCGUUACCGCCCCCAACUCCUCCCCCCUCAACGACGGUGCCUCCGCUGUUGUCCUGGUCUCCGAGGCCAAGGUCAAGGAGCUCGGCCUCAAGCCCAUUGCCAAGAUCCUCGGCUGGGGUGACGCCGCUCACCAGCCCAGCAAGUUCACCACUGCCCCCGCUCUGGCUAUCCCCAAGGCCCUGAAGCACGCUGGCGUGACUCAGGACUCCAUCGACGCCUUCGAGAUCAACGAGGCCUUCAGUGUUGUGGCUCUUGCCAACAUGAAGCUGCUCGGUCUCUCCGAGGAGAAGGUCAACAUCCACGGUGGUGCUGUCGCCAUCGGCCACCCUCUCGGUGCCAGCGGUGCCCGUAUUGUCGCGACCUUGCUUGGUGUCUUGAAGGCGAAGCAGGGCAAGCUCGGCUGUGUCGGCAUCUGCAACGGUGGUGGCGGUGCCAGCGCCCUGGUCCUCGAGGCUCUCUUCUAA